UCCUCCUCCCAGGCAGGUAACGCUCCCUAGGAGACAGAGUAGGCAGAUGGUAAGAUAGUACGUUUGGACUCAGGGUUCCCAGGAGUUAGAUUCUUAGUAGGAGGGACUGGAGAGAUCAGUCUAAAUUCUGUCGGGGAUAAGGAGUCAGGAGCUGACGCCCGUGUGCUGGAUCUCAGAGGAGCCGAGAGGCCUAGUCUCCAAUUUAAGGAGAUCUGGAAUUUGGGGGUAGGAAGCGCCUAAUCUGGGGCUGAGAACUGGCACUAAGGGCUACGACGCCGAAGUCCACGGACUUCGUGGGCAUGACACACCGGGGUCCGGAGUGGGUAGGGAACAGAUUCCCAGUGCUCAGGCCCCGCCCCUUUCCCUGGAGGCUUCUGGGGAUUGGCUGUCUUUCCGCAACUCUUGCGGCCCCGCCCCGGCGCGCGCCCAGCCGCGUGCCCACCGAGGGUGGUUGCAGCAGCCUACGCUACCUCCGCCACUGCUUGCUGCCAGCGGAGCCGGAGCCAGAGCCUGAGCGGCGCUGGGCCCGACGUGGGGCUCCUGGGUCGCGGCGGUGGGCAGGCGAUGCUCCAGCGGCCUAACCAGCCAUGGAGGCCGAGGCAGGCGGCCUGGAGGAGCUGACGGAUGAGGAGAUGGCGGCGCUGGGCAAGGAGGAGCUGGUGCGGCGCCUGCGGCGGGAGGAGGCGGCGCGCCUGGCGGCACUAGUGCAGCGCGGCCGCCUCAUGCAGGAGGUGAAUCGGCAGCUGCAGGGUCACCUGGGCGAGAUCCGUGAGCUCAAGCAGCUCAACCGGCGCCUGCAGGCAGAGAACCGCGAGCUGCGCGACCUCUGCUGCUUUCUGGACUCUGAGCGUCAGCGCGGGCGGCGCGCAGCGCGCCAGUGGCAGCUCUUCGGGACCCAAGCAUCCCGGGCCGUGCGUGAGGACCUGGGCGGCUGUUGGCAGAAGCUGGCCGAGUUGGAGGGCCGCCAGGAGGAGCUGCUGCGGGAGAACCUGGCGCUUAAAGAGCUCUGCCUGGCGCUGGGCGAGGAAUGGGGCCCCCGCGGCGGUCCUGGGGGCGGUGGGGGCUCAGGCUCCGGGCCAACACCCGAGCUCGCUCUGCCCCCCUGCGGGCCCCGCGACCUAGGCGAUGGAAGCUCCAGUACCGGCAGCGUGGGCAGUCCCGAUCAGUUGCCCCUGGCCUGCUCCCCCGAUGACUGAGGGCGCUGUCUCCACGCCAAUGUCCGCCCGAUUGCUCCCUGAGCGCUUGUACUGCGAUGGACCUCGGGACCUGGACGCGGUCCUGGCUGCGCACGAGGGGCCGCUGGAAUAGACUAAGAAACGUUGAAACUGAGGAGGGCCCUUCGCCCUCGCUGGCGGGGCAGCAGGAGGACUGGAGGCUGGAACAGAUGGAUUUGCUGGGGGUUGGGUGGGGGUUAAUAAACCGGGAAGGAAGCG